AUGCCGGAAACGAACAUUUUCUUGCCCGAAGGCGAGAGUUUUGUUUACAAAUUGGAUAAAGAGCAAAAUGACCCGAAUUUCGUGAAGUACGAAAUCGCAAGAGGAAAGAACAAUGUAAAACACGGCGAAUUGACAAAACAGCGAGAAGCGGGCGCGGAUGAAUCUUUCAACUAUGUUCCUUUGAAUACCAAUGAACUGGUGAUGUACGACGACGAUUCGUUGAGUCUGACUUUUCCCUUUGAAUCGCGAGAAGACGAGUUCAGAAUUCGUCUCAGGGAUUCUGGUCGGCUUGGAGACGCCGGAGACCAUGAUGACGCCAUUUUUCAAGUGGAAAAAGUUCAAAGGCCCGCAGUUGGAGAAUUCGGAGAAGUCAACGAAAACGAGUCCGUCCUUCUCUCGUGCGAUAAGAACAACCUCGAAGGAGAAGUUUACUACACUUUGGACGGUGAAAGACUCAACGAAGCUUCCCUCGUUCUCACAAAAGAGCAUCAUAAGAAACCCCUCAAAUGCCAUGUCGAGUUCACGAGCAGCGAAGACGAUCAAAUCAGACCUGCAGAAUACAACUCUCUCGCCAGUGAGCCUUUUGAAUUGAGCAUCGCCUUUGUCCCAGCCCAGCCAGAAAUCGUUAUUCAAUCCGAAUACUGUCAGGAUAAAACGCAACCUUUGGUUCUCCUCUGCAACGACACGCUUCCUGAAACUAACCCAGAAGUAACAUCUUACCAAUGGAGAAAAGACGGCGUAACAGUGGGCAAUGAGAGAACAUAUACAGUGUCUGACCCUUCCGAACUUGCAGAAAAGUCGAUCACGUGUUCACUGAUUAACGUCAAAGGGUCUUCGAUGGAGUCUGCUGAGUUCACGAGUUCAGACGUCUGCGCGAGCAGCAUCGCCACAGCGGGCAUUUUCAUCAUUUCCGCCGUCGCCGGCGUCGUCGCCAUUCUUGCAGUUGUCGGCCUCGUUAUCUGCAAUCGAAGAAGAGCCGCGAAUUCGAAGGAGCAAGAAAGUAUGAAGCUCGAUGGCAAUCCCGCUGCAUAUGAGUACUCUGCUGGAGCUCCAACGGCGCCGCAUCGUGGGCCGCCUGCCAGCUCGGGCUCGGACACGAGCUUGGUCGACCACUCGGACAACAGAUACGCGCCUGGGCAGUACGUCGACUACGAUCCGAAGCAGCAGACGAACAACAACUCGUCUGGACAGUACCACUCGCUCGACGCGGCCAAGAUGGGCAAGCCAAAGAGCAAGAACCCGAUCGGCCACAAGGACCGCGUCGAUUACGUCGAAUUCGGCUCCAGUACGGUUUCCAAGCGCUAG